AUUGCCGCAGUGCCCAGCGUGCUCGCCCCUGUCAGCAGGCCGGGGGGAUGUUCGCGCACGAGAGCGCGGGGGAAGACUCGAGCUAGUCUGUGUCUGUGGCGCUCCUCACCUCCGCCCGCCACCGCCGUGUCGCAGCCAUGGACGGCUGUUUAGCCAGGGAUUCCCCGCGCUGAGGGGGCGCCGCCGCCGUUCUCAUCAUGAAGAAGGGCCGCUCUCGGGGGGACAAAGCGCUUCCGGCUCCUAGAAGGCUGGAGCAUCCCGCUCGAGCCCCGAUGGACACCUCUGAGAGAAGAGCCUCCUCUGCGGCCAGCGGCAGGAAGGAGGCAGAAGAUGCGGGUCGGAGUGGCGCCGCCUGCAGGGAGCCGCUCGAGAAGGAUACUGUCACAGAACCAAUUUCUUUGCACUGCAGAAAGCUUAGUAACCCUGACAUCUCUUCAUCAACUGGGAAAAGUAAACUCCAUUGUCAACUGAGUCAAGAUGACUGCAAGCUCCGGAGAAGUAGUUUGGCCAGUUCUUUGUCAGGAAAACAGUUGCUUCCUUUGUCCACUAGUAUGCACAGUGGAGUGGGACAGUCAGCAUGGCAACCAUCUGGAGAGUCUUCUAAUCUGGUUCGCAUGAGAAACCAGUCAUUGGGGCAGUCAGCUCCUUCACUUACGGCUGGUUUGAAGGAACUUAGUCUCCCUAGAAGAGGAAGCUUAAUCUCCUCUCCUUUCCUCUCCCACUGCCGAGGAGGUGAUAUCCAUCAGCAUGUGUUCUCUCCUACAUCUGCUCCAGGUCUGCAGCAUCUUAAAAUCCCACUUAGUGCUGAUUGUGCCCUUGCUACUUCUCCUCUAGUAUUUUAUCUCAACCCACAGCCUAAGAGCAAUCCUGGUAGUCCUUGCUACAGUAAUCCACUUCAGUGGAGCUGUCGAACUAGUAAUAGAAAGAGCUUGAUUGUAACCUCCAGCACAUCUCCAACACUUCCACGACCACAUUCUCCUCUCCAUGGGCAUGCAGGUGGAAGUCCGCUGGACAGUCCCAGAAAUUUCUCUCCAAAUGCGCCUUCUCACUUUUCCUUUGUUCCUGCCCGUAGCCAUGGACACAGGGCAGACAGGACAGAUGGGCGUCGUUGGUCCCUGGCCUCCCUUCCUUCAUCUGGAUAUGGAACAAACACUCCCAGUUCAACAGUUUCAUCGUCAUGUUCAUCUCAGGAGAAGCUACACCAACUGCCCUUUCAGCCAACAGCAGAUGAACUUCACUUCCUGACAAAGCAUUUCAGCACAGAGAGCAUAACUGAUGAGGAAGGACGUCAAUCUCCAGCUAUGCGCCCCCGAUCUCGCAGUCUUAGUCCUGGUCGUUCUCCAGUGUCCUUUGAUAGUGAAAUAGUGAUGAUGAACCAUGUAUACAAAGAAAGAUUUCCAAAGGCCACAGCCCAGAUGGAAGAACGGUUGGCUGAAUUUAUUGUGUCUAACGCACCAGAGAAUGUGCUGCAGCUAGCAGAUGGGGUCCUAAGCUUUAUUCAUCAUCAAGUUAUCGAACUGGCCAGAGACUGCCUGGAUAAAUCACGUGAAGGACUUAUUACUUCUCGGUACUUCUAUGAAUUGCAGGAAAACCUUGAAAAACUUCUACAGGAUGCCCACGAGCGAUCGGAAAGCUCAGAAGUGGCAUUUGUUACCCAGCUAGUGAAAAAGUUGAUGAUCAUCAUUGCACGUCCUGCACGAUUGCUAGAAUGCUUGGAGUUUGAUCCUGAAGAGUUCUACCAUCUGCUAGAAGCUGCUGAAGGCCAUGCCAAGGAAGGGGAAGGAAUUAAAUGUGACAUCCCUCGUUAUAUCAUCUGCCAGCUGGGCCUCACCCGGGAUCCCCUGGAGGAAAUGGCCCAGUUGAACAGCUAUGAUAGUCCAGAUACUCCAGAGACAGAUGAUUCAACUGAUGGAAAGAGCCGGAAAGCUACUGUGCAAACCAAGAAAACGCCAUCAGAAGAGGAAUUUGAAACUAUUAAACUAAUCAGCAAUGGGGCUUAUGGUGCAGUGUUCUUGGUGCGUCACAGGACUACCCGCCAGCGCUUUGCAAUGAAGAAGAUCAAUAAACAGAAUCUUAUUCUGAGGAAUCAAAUUCAACAGGCAUUUGUAGAGAGAGAUAUCCUAACUUUUGCAGAGAAUCCCUUUGUAGUCAGCAUGUUCUGCUCCUUUGAGACAAAGCGUCACCUGUGCAUGGUCAUGGAGUAUGUAGAAGGAGGAGAUUGUGCAACUCUCUUGAAGAAUAUUGGAGCUUUGCCUGUUGAUAUGGCAAGGAUGUAUUUUGCAGAAACUGUGCUGGCACUGGAAUACCUCCACAAUUAUGGCAUCGUUCACCGUGACCUAAAGCCUGACAAUCUUCUCAUAACAUCGAUGGGUCACAUCAAGCUAACUGAUUUUGGGCUAUCUAAGAUUGGUUUAAUGAGCCUGACAACCAAUCUGUAUGAAGGACAUAUUGAGAAAGAUGCCAGAGAAUUCUUAGAUAAACAGGUGUGUGGAACUCCAGAAUAUAUUGCCCCAGAAGUAAUUUUGCGACAGGGUUAUGGAAAGCCUGUGGAUUGGUGGGCUAUGGGAGUCAUCCUUUAUGAAUUUCUGGUUGGCUGUGUUCCUUUUUUUGGAGACACACCAGAAGAGUUAUUUGGACAAGUUAUCAGUGAUGAAAUUGCUUGGCCAGAGGGAGAUGAAGCUCUACCACCAGAUGCACAGGACCUCAUUGGUAAACUGCUGCGACAAAACCCCAUGGAAAGACUGGGAACAGGUAGUGCUUUUGAGGUGAAACAACACAGGUUCUUCAAGGACUUAGAUUGGAAUGGAUUACUUCGGCAAAAAGCAGAAUUUAUUCCACAGUUAGAAUCAGAAGAUGACACAAGCUACUUUGAUACUCGUACAGAGCGAUACCAGCAUUUAGAUUCUGAGGAAGAGGAAGACACAAAUGAUGAUGACCAUGUGGAAAUUAGGCAGUUCUCUUCCUGUUCGCCAAGGUUUAGCAAGGUGUAUAGCAGCAUGGAACGUCUUUCCAUCCAUGAAGAGAGGAAAACACCGCCACCCACUAAGCGUAGCCUGAGUGAAGAAAAGGAUGACAGGCUAGAUAGCCUCGGUGGUCUGAAGAGUCGUGACCGCAGCUGGGUGAUUGGGUCUCCUGAAAUACUACGUAAACAUCUUUCAGUAUCUGAAUCUUCUCACACUGAGAGUGACUCCAGCCCACCACUGACUGUUCGACGGCGUUGUUCUGGGCUUCAUGAUAUGCCCCGAUUUGCCAUUUCUGCUGAGGAAGAAGGAAAAAAGAAACAGUUGGAUGGGUUGCCAUUGCCUUUGACGCAGCCACGGGAAGGGCUUCCUCUUCCAAUUCCAGAACAGCCUGUGGAGCGAGAACUAAAAUUGGAUGAUGAUGACGAUGACGGGCUAAAAACACCCUCUUCCACUGUCAGUAACAUCAGCAGUUCAACACUGUCAGCUGGAAGCACUGCAGAUUUCUCUAAUCAGCGCACUCGCAGUAACAGCAAUGAGGGCCCAGAAUUUAGUACUCCCAAAGCCACAAGUGACCUGGCAGUGCGGCGAGCCCGACAUCGGUUACUCUCUGGCGAGUCAGGGGAAAAACGAACUUCACGGCCUGUCAAUAAAGUGAUCAAGUCAGCAUCAGCCACAGCCCUCUCUCUCCUGAUUCCUUCAGAACACCAUAUGUGUUCUCCAUUGGCUAGUCCAAUGUCACCUCAUUCUCUCUCUUCCAACCCAUCUUCGAGAGACUCUUCUCCAAGUCGAGAUUUUUCUCCUGCUGUCAUGAACCCCAAACCACCAAUCAUCAUUCACCGAGCUGGGAAGAAAUAUGGCUUCACACUUCGUGCCAUUAGAGUCUAUAUGGGGAACAGUGAUAUCUACACAGUUCAUCACAUGGUCUGGCAUGUAGAAGAAGGUGGCCCUGCAAGUGAGGCUGGUCUGAGGGAAGGGGACUUGAUAACACAAGUGAAUGGAGAACCUGUCCAUGGACUGGUGCAUACUGAAGUGGUGGAGUUGAUCCUAAAGAGUGGAAAUAAAGUAUCCAUAUCAACUACACCCUUUGAAAACACUUCAAUCAAAGUGGGGCCAGCUCGAAAGGCCAGCUACAAAUCCAAAAUGGCACGAAGAAACAAGAAAAGCAAAACAAAAGAUGGGCAGGAAAGUAAGAAGAAGAGCUCUCUCUUCAGGAAGAUUACCAAGCAGGCUUCUCUGCUGCACACCAGCAGGAGUUUAUCUUCUCUCAAUCGUUCUCUGUCUUCUGGAGAAAGUGUUCCUGGUUCACCUACGCACAAUCUCUCCCCUCGUUCACCAACGCAGAGUUACCGAUCUACUCCUGAGUCUGUGCAUUCAGUUGGUGGCAAUUCUUCUCAGAGCAGUUCACCCAGUUCCAGUGUUCCCAACUCUCCUGCCAGCUCAGGUCACAUCCGACCAAGUUCUUUGCAUGGGCUAGCACCAAAGCUUCAGCGGCAGUACCGAUCCCCAAGACGUAAAUCUGCAGGAAACAUUCCUCUCUCACCACUAGCCCACACUCCUUCACCAACACCACAGUCUACUUCUCCUCAGCGCUCCCCUUCUCCUUUGCCAGGGCAUUCAGUUGGCAGUUCAAGCAUCAUCCAGUCUUUCCCUGUAAAGUUACACUCCUCCCCUCCACUGGUCCGGCAGAUUUCAAGGCCCAAGAGUGCUGAGCCACCAAGAUCCCCUCUGUUGAAGAGAGUCCAAUCAGCUGAGAAACUGACCUCUUCUCUGUCCUCUUCAGAAAAAAAGCUGCCAUCUUCACGCAAGCACAGCUUAGACAUCUCCCAUUCUGAAUUCAAAAAGGAGAUGCUCCAAAGAGAUCCAAGCCUCCAAAGUUGGCAGGAAUCUAUAAAUGAAACAACAGGAGGGAAAGUUGGGUUGGCAGAAAAAGGGACAUUACAAAAACCUUCUCCCAGGAAACUUGGGGCCAUUCGGCAGGACAGGGUGGAGAGAAGGGAGUCUCUGCAAAAGCAGGAGGCCAUCACAGAGGUAGAUUCUUCUGAAGAUGAAACUGAUGAAGGGUCAGAAGAUAGUCAAGAUGGGAAAAGGUUGGAUAGGCCACCUGGCAGCAGAAAUCAGCACAUUUCUGAUCCCCCAUCUGAGGAUAACAAGCAUUCUUCAAAGUUGGAAAGCAAAGACAGUAUGGAGGAUGAUGCUUUUCUUCCUGAGGAUCCAAAAGCUGACAAUUUGCAGAAAGGGGCAAAUCAACAAUCACCCAAGGAUGUGGCAAGGACACUUCUGACUGGCAUAGAUGAGUCACAGACUGAGGUUUGUCCACCUAUGGAAAAACCUGGUGACUGUGAAAGAAUUAAACUUAUAUCAGACUCUGAAACAGCAGCAGAAGAGUUACUACAAGGCAAUAUCUUCAAUCUUUUUACUCAGAAAGGUGCCUGUUUCGAAGACUCUAAAGGUGUUAAAGAAACACUGUUUAUCCAGACAAACACAGAUUGUCCUGAAAAGGUGAAAUGCCUCCCGGUGGGACUCCUGCAGCUUGGUCAAGGUGACUGCUCAGGGUUGGCAAGUGGCAGAGAGAACCUAAAUGAAUCUGCUUCUAAAGAAACCACUUAUCUGUUGUCUCAAGAUACAAAGCCUUUGUUAGCACUUUCUUCUUCUUGCACAACUGGCACAAGAUCUCCUCCACUAGUAAGCCAAAUUGACUGCAAAGACACACCUCAGAAAAAGGAACUCCAGCCCACAAAGAACAUCAGCCUUCAGAAUUUAGCAACUUUUGGCAACAUCUCUGUACACAGGUCUGCUAAUGCUGAAGAACCACAAGGGUUGCACUCAGAAGAGGCCAUUUCAAAAUACAAAAGUCAGACAAGUGAUAACAAUGUGGGUCUGAGUUAUCCUACAGGUAAUCAGACUCCCACAGCUGAUUCCACAGCUGAAGGUGGAAAAGCAGUUUGGCCUACUCAUUUAGCAACAUGUGCAAAAGGCAUGUUGGACCCAGUGGAUUUAAACAUAUCUGAGUCAAGAGAAAUACAAAAAACAAGGGAAGAUUUCUCCCAGGAUGAACUGUUGUAUUCAAAAGAAAGCAUGUCUAAGCAAGCAAUGCAGGAGACACUAAAGGAAGGCUCAGGUUCAAAGACAGCCAAAGCUUUCAGCAAAGGUGUUCUCAUUAAAGUACACAGUCCUUGCGUCAAGUCAGAAAGCCCACCACUCUCUUGGGAGCCAAUUUGUCCAAUGGGAGCAAAAAAGAAGCCAGGGCUUGAUAAUUCUAAGGUAUCAGAACCCUUGGAAGAUAAGUUGCAGAUACCUCUACCUGAAGAUCAGUCACAUGGUACUGAAAGGCAGAAUAUGAGGGUAUUGUCUGGCCUGGACAGUGGCCUGAGUACUAUAAAGGAGACUCCUCUGAUGCCAGGAAAAAUCAGAGAGACUGAAGAUCACUCACAAACGAGGGAUUUGCUGUUGUCAGAAGGUGGUGAUGUGAAAAAAACAUAGCAGCAUCUCUGCAUUCAGAAACAAAGACAGCAUUAGUAGAACACAAAUAUAGAACAGAAAACCUGUACAUCUAUUUUUUGUAGAUUUGUGUUUUCACACUCUUGCCUUUUUUCAUUCUUGCAAUUCUAUUUUUGUACACAGCAUUUGCCAUUUGAUGCCUCUUAACAGGGUAUCUUUAAAGCAAGAUUACAAAAUGGUUUGCAGACUCCCCCCCUCACCCCCCCCUUUUUUUUUUGGCCUUAAGUUUGGAGCAUCCUGUGCAUCACCCUCCUUAAGCAUUUUCCUUCCCUUGAAAAAUUCCAGAGAACUACAUUUGCAAAAUAAAGCAGCUUGCUCAAAAAUGCCACAUUUUGACUAUCAAUUUCCAAUUUAGAUUCUGUUCCCAAGAAUUUAGUUAAUUGCUUUUUGUUUGCAGUUAUAAAGAAAAACACCCUUGAUGGCAAUAUGCCUUCUCACACCACCUUCAUUACAUAUCCUAGACUUCCAUACAUAUCUUUGUGUGCCAGCUUAUGCAAUGGGGCAGUAUUCUUUUUUUAAAAAUUAUAUAAAAUUGAUUUCUCAAGUGCAAUCUCAAGAGAACAGUCUUAAGUUCUUUUAUUUCUUUUACUUUGUUUUAAAAGCAGCGUGACACUCCAUCUUCUGCCUUUUUAAAAAUUUUAAUGCUUGUUGCCUUAUCAAUCUUACUCUGCUCAGAGCAGGCAGUAACCUGAAAAGAGAGGCACUGAGUGCAACAAGUAGCAGCCUAGCCUGGUCUAUUUAGACCUUGCUGGGGGAGGUGAAUGUUUGAGACCACCUUGCACUCACCCACCCCACAUGUUGUGUAUGUAGCUAGCUUGUUGUGGAAGCAGGUUACCUCUAUCAAGGGUUAUGAUUUUACUAAUUGUAAGUGAGAAGUGACCUUCACUAAGUUAGUGGAGGAAAGUCAAGAUAGGCCUCUGUCAGUGAAAUAAUCCUUUUUGCUUUGGUGGCACUUUCCCAAGUGAAGCAUCCACUCCUUCUACCCCCAAAUCACACAGCUAAACUGCAAAUAUGAUAUCAAUCAGAUUCCCAUCCAGUGCUUAAUCCACCUAUUUCUUUUCUGAAAUGCUGACAUUUUCUAAGUAACAUUUUGAUUGCUUUUUAAUUUCAACACUGGCCCAGUGCUGCUUUUUAAAACACAUAUAUAAAAACAUCUAGAUCUAUAAAACUGUACAUAUAUAGUAAACCAAUAGCUGCAGCAUUUAAAGUCUAUUACUUAUUGAAUCUAAUUACAGUUUAUGGGCAAAAGUGUCUACUUCUGUAAACCUCACAAUUCUUCUGAAUUUGAAUUAGGCUUUGCCUAAGAGAAUACAUCUGUAUAUGGGCAGGAAAAGUAAUUAUUUGUAGAGUUGGCCGGGUCUGCAUAUAUAGACAGGUAAUCACAUGGUAACUGUAUUAGCUCUCCAGGGCAAGCACCAAUUAAUUACAGUGCAGCUUCAUUACUCUGUCAUGUUCCAAUAUAAAGUGUCUCCCUCCAUUUCUCCUUACAAAAUCUAAAUAUACUUUAAUAGGAACAUGCUCUUAAAACCAGUAUUUAUAAUAAUCACAUUUCAAGUGUAUGUGUUUCUUGUUCAGUAUCCUCCCUAAUAUAUUCAAUUUUGUUUUGUUCUUUACUUUUCAUAUUACUUUAUACCUAAUUCUAGAUUCUUUGAUUGCAGUUCUGGACCAACAUACUUUUGAUUUGAAGUUCUCUUUAUGUUAACCACUGGUGUGUGUGUGUGUGUGUGUGUGUGUGUGUGUGUGUGUGUGUGUGUGUGUGUAAAUGAGUGGGGUGUGUUGUAAUAUUGUAAAAGAACAUCCAUUGGCUUCAGUGCUCAAAAUCUCACGGAUAACAUCAGAAUUUUAUUAAAUAAGAUAUGCUCAUCUCUUUUGUCCUGUCACAAGUGCACAAGAGUUAACUUUAUGCACUGGCAUUUUAAAUUCAUUAUUAGGCUUCCCACCAUCCAGCCAGGUCUAUGUCCUGCCAGCCUUUCCUAUCACUUUGCUGUGUUGCCCACGAAACAAAGGCAUCUGGGCAUUUACACUGAUCUACUUAGGGAAAGGGCAUUGUUACUAAUACAGGCUGAUGGCAUAGCCACUCAGAAAUGCACAUUAACAUGAAUAUAUAUAUAUAUAUAUAUAUAUAUAUAUGCGCCAUUAUUUACACUGUGUGAAUUUUGAGCCCUGGGAAUUAAUUAUGUACUGUAGCUUCAAACAUACCUUGUAGCUUCUGUAUACAUUAAAGCCACCAAAGGAUAUGUGCGUGUGUAGUUUAGCCAGAUAAAGCAUAUUAGGCCACCUCAUUUCUGCACUACAGAUGCCACUUAAAUAUCACCUUUUUGAUAUUCUUCUUCUACCAGUACCAGGAAACCUCUGAAAGCUUCCAAUAUUAUUGACAAAUAAUUCCACCAAAACCCUAUGCCAUUUGAAGCAGAUUUAUUUUUCACACAUUUAAAUAUAUCUCUUAAAGAAUUCCGACAAUCAUGAGGUUACUGAGGGCAAAAUGUAACAUCUUAAGCACUUACAAAUAUCAGGCCUAUCAGGAGGUGGUAUGUAAUGAGUUCAACUGAGGUUACGUUAUGUUGAAGGAGCAAGUAUUUGUACGACUGCAUAUAGACCAGUUAAACCACUCAAAGCCUACCAUGGUCAUCCAGCUGGCCGAGACUGAUUUCAUGGUGUACUACAAAUGGGAGAAUUCCAUGUAGGUCUGGGACACAUACAGCCAUCAUAGUGCUGUGUUUUCCCAAUUUCUCCUCUUUGUAGUUUGAGUGUCUGUUUGGAAUUCACCUCUUGUUUUGCUCAUGUAUGCUUUAAACUCUUGGUAUCCGACUGAUGCAUUCCUCAGCAAUACACCAUUAAAUGAUGCAUCUAAACUGUUAUUUAGUGUAAAUAUUAGAUUUUAACAUUGCUAAAAACCACUCCUGGGAAAGGAUGCCCAAGAUGUUUUGGUGUUCAUUAUGCUACAAAAGAAUACUCACCAGGGAGCAGGGUAGUGGGGGAAUACCCUUCCUCUUUAGCACUGAAUUAAGGUGUGAUUUGAAAUAUUUGCCUCUUUUUUUCCUGUGAGGGGAGGAGGAAGUCCUUCUCCAGACUUAUACUGGACAUGAAAGAUGAUACCGUACUUCUAGUAGAUGAUUUUACAGUGUGUGUGUGUUUACAUUGUGUUUUGGUGUUUGUUAUUCCGGAGGCUCAGAGCACAACUUUCAUGCUGGGUUCCAAUCUCAAGCUGGUGCCCUGGCUAGCAAAGAGGAUGAUGUGGGAUAUAAGUGUUUUUAGAAACUUGAACAAUUGCCACAUAAUAGAGGUGCAAUAAUUUUUAUUAAUGUUGUACCUGCAUGUUGAUGUUCAGUUACUCCUCUGAAAUACACUUCAUUUUUUUUACUUAAA